AACAACACAUCCGCCAAGCUAAUCCUCAAAACAGGGGCCCUUCAGUGGUGCAUGCUCAGUCCUUUCCUGUACUCCCUGUUCACUCAUGACUGCAUGGCCAGGCACAACUCCAACGCCGUCAUUAAGUUUGCCAAUGACACAACAGUGGUAGGCCUGAUCACAGACAACGAUGAGACAGCCUAUAGGGACGAGGUCAGAGACCUGGCCGUGUGGUGCCAGGACAACAACCUAUCUCUCAACGUGAUCAAGACAAAGGCGAUGAUUGUGGACUACAUGAAAAAGAGGACCGAGCACGCCCCCAUUCUCAUCGACGGAGCUGGUUGAGAGCUUCAAGUUCAUUGGUGUCCACAUCACCAACAAACUAACAUGGUCCAAGCACACCAAGACAGUUGUGAAGAGGGCACGACAAAACCUAUUCCCCCUCAGGAGACUGAAAAGGUUUGGCAUGGGUCCUCAGAUCCUCAAAAGAUUCUAUAGCUGCACCAUCGAGAGCAUCCUGACUGGUUGUGUCAUUGCCUGGUAUGGCAACUGCUCGGCCUCCAACCGCAAGGCACUACAGAGGGUACUGCGCACGGCCCAAUACAUCACUGGCGCCAAGCUUCUUGCCAUCCAGGACCUCUAUGCCAGGCGGUGUCAGAGGAAGGCCUUAAAAAUUGCCAGACUCCAGCCACCCUAGUCAUAGACUGUUCUCUCUACUACUGCACGGCAAGCGGUACCGGUACGCCAAGUCUAGGUCCAAGAAGCUUCUAAACAUCUCUUACCCCCAAGCCAUAAGACACCUGAAGAUCUAAUCAAAUGGCUACCCAGACUAUUUGCAUUCCUCCCCUUUACACAGCUGCUACUCUCUGUUAUCAUCUAUGCAGUCAUUUUAAAUAGCUCUACCUACAUGUACAUAUUACCUCGACUAACUCUGUACCAGUACCCCCCUGUAAUAUAGUCUCACAUUGUUAUUUUACUGCUGCUCUUUAAUUACUUGUUUUUUUUAUUUAUGUUUUUUUGUUUAUUUGUAUGUAUUUUUAAACUGCAUUGUUGGUUAGAGGCUCCUAAGUAAGCAUUUCACUGUAAGGUCUAUACUUGUUGUAUUCGGCGCAUAUGACUAAUAAAAUUUGUUUUGAAGUCGAGAAUAAAUUCUUAUUUUACAAUAAUGGCCAAACCCGCCCCUAACCUGCAUGACGCUAGGCAAAUUGUGUGGCGCCCUAUGGGACUCCCGAUCACAGCCGGUUGUGAUUACAGCCCUGGAUUGAAACCAGGGUCUGUAGUGAUGCCUCUAGCACUGAGAUGCAGUGCCUUAGACCGAUGCACCACUCGGGGGCCCCCUUUGUGUCAGCCUAUGACUCUGCUUGCAUGUCCUUGUCUUGUUUGUAACAGUGCUCAGCUUCAUGACCAUUUAUUUCUCUUGCUGUUAAUUGAGCCGUUCUGAAUUUUUUCCCCUGUGCUUUUGCUCCUCAAUAAACAUGUCUGUCUUCCAGUUUCUGCUGGACCCCAACAACCUAGGAAUUUGCUGGCCUACAGAUGGAUUGAUGCCUGAGAGUGGUUAUUGGCAGCUCUGCCCUCCCUCCAAGCCUGGCCUGCAGGGUGUGCUGAGCUCCAGCUUCCCCCCCUGCCCUGUCCCUCUGGUUCCCCCCGAAACUCACCUGGCAGAGGGGGAAGCCCUGCACCAGCCCCUGGUCCCAAGCACCUCAGUGACAGACCUGUCUUUUCCAGGUGCACCCCCUCCCCCCCCGCCACCCCCCAAACGCCACUGUCGUUCACUGUCCGUGCCAGAGGACCUUUCACGCUGCCGUUACACCUGGCGGCCCAGCGCUUCGAGGGUCUGGACACCUGUGAAUCGUCAAUGCCACAGUGGAGGGGUAGCCGGGGGGCCUUGUCCGCUUCGUGCUCCUAGCUCAUCUCUAAAUUCUUCACUACACUCUUCUUCAAGCCCCACAUUCUUUAGCAUUGCUCUCUCUCCUGACUCCCCACUGCCUUGGAAUUUCCCAUGGGACCCCAGUGACACUGCUGGAGGAGGCGCCUGCUGCUGUUUCUUCCACUCCCCAUCAUCAUGCUCCUCUCCGUCCCCGCUCCACCCUCCCCUUCCUCCACAGCGACGCUUCUCUCUGUCACCUGUCCUUAUCAGAGAGGCUGCCGCCAAGUUCCUGCCCCCGCCUCCAGUUCCACCCCACUGUGCAGCACCCCCUCCGGCUGUGCCUGCUUUGCCCUCCUCUGCCUGCAGCACCCCGUCCUCUCUUCGCCGGGCCAUCCCCCCUCAGCUCCCUCGCUGCCACUCACAGCCCUGUGACCUGCUCCUUCUCAAACCAGGACUGAAGCGACGCCGUGACCCAGACAGACCAUUUGCCCGGCCAGUACUGGAUUUCACCAAGAUGACUCAGACUCGCAGUACAGACCCCUUGAGUGGUAUGGCGCGUGGGAGGCUGGCUUGUGGAGGGGACGUUUGCAUGGGCUUUGAGACUUUUUUGGGGGACUUCAGAGGGUCGUGUUCACCAGAGGGGCUGGGAAGGACAAGCAUUGGUCCUCUAAGCGAGAGUGACGAGGAGGGGGAAGAGGGGGAGGAAGAUCCUGAUCGAGAAGAGUGUCAGCCAAGUAUCUUUGAGAGGGAUUGUACAGAAUUAGAUUUGAGCCUAAUUGAAGAAAAUUAAAAUAUUGUUAAUUGGAGACUGUUUUCCCCUUUACCGCCAGCAUUCAACACUCCACUCCCAGCCCUGCUGUACUUCAUCGGCAGGGCUCUCAGGAACAUGACUUCUCUCUCAUGGGAAGAGCUGGGGUAUAUAUAAUCUCAUUGACAAUGGUCAUGAUUUGACUACUACCAAUAAUAACAAUUAAUUCAGGUAGCCAUGGCUGCUGUCCUUCCAUCAGAGUACAUUCCAGAACCAGUUGCUGAAACAUUGUGAAUAAUCUGAAUGCUGGAGAUGCCAGCUAUUCCCAUAGUGUCUGUUGGAUGUCUUCAUAUAAUGCACCCUCAGACUGAUGGAAUUUUGGAAGACUAACAAGCUUCUGGUCACUUGCUUUCUUUUACAUUACUUUUCUUUUAAUUGUAUUUUUGUUGGUGCAGUAGUAAGAAUAGGCUUGAAUGAUGGUGGUGAAUUGAAUAUCUGUGUUUUGUUCAGUUUGAUGCAAAAGAGCAGUAUGUCAUUGCAGUUCUUUCUGCAGUCCUGUUAUUUUCUGUUAAACAAUCCAUAUGAUUCAGCAUAAGCCUUAAGACACCUUUUUUCUGUAAACAAAAAAAUACAACUAUGAAAAGGUAAUGAAUUGUGUAGCUGUUGCUAUUAGUCCUUUCAUUGUUUCUUUUAUAUCUAUGACUCAUCUUCUGAAAAUAGAGAUGUAUUGAUAAUGAAUGCACUGUUUGACAAGUUAACCUAAAAAUGGAAGCAACCACUGUAUUCUGAGGGCACAUUGUAAUAUUGUAUUAUACAGCGAUCAUUUGUUGAAAAGUUGUGUAAAGAUGGUAGCUGGGAGACCUGGGGCAGGCCAUGGCUGUCUUUUAGACAUUUUUUUUUAUUGUAUGUGUUAAAAAAAAAAAAGAUGGCAAUUUCAAACUCAGUUUGUGAAUAAAUAAAGUUUAUUGGAAAUUAUUUUACAAGGAAA